ACCCCGGGCAGCACGGAGCGAAUUCCAUCCAAGGGCUACACAGCCUGGAGGAUGAGCCGGAGCAUGGAGAGUCAGCGACCGUCUUCAUAUCGGCGGCGGUUUGGCCCCCAAGCCACCGCUGUCCAACAGCCCCUGAGAUCCUCGCCCCUCUUCUGGCUCAUGGCCCCCAGCCCCAGCCCCAGAGUCUCCAUGACCAAGAAGAAGAGUUCCAGCCUGAACAUCCGUGCCAGCCCCAGGUUAUUCCAGGACAAGGCAGAUUUCUCCCUGGCCGAUGCCCUCAACACCGAGUUCAAGGAGACGCGCACCAACGAGAAGGUGGAGAUGAUGGAGCUGAACGACCGCUUCGCCAGCUACAUCGAGAAGGUGCGCUUCCUGGAGCAGCAGAACAAGGUGCUGGUGGCGGAGCUCAACCAGAUCAGAGACAAGGAGCCCACCAAGCUGGCCGACAUCUAUCAGGACGAGCUGAGAGAGCUCCGCCGGCAGGUGGACCAGCUGUCUAAUGCCAAGACCAGGCUGGAGAUCGAGAGGGAAAAUCUGCUGGACGAUGUCAACGGCCUCCGGCAAAAGUUACAGGACGAGAUUAAUCUACGGCUCGAAGCUGAAAACAAUUUGUCUUCCUACAGACAGGAUGUUGACAAUGCUGCAUUAGUGCGCCUGGACCUGGAGCGGAAAGUCGAGUCCCUGCAGGAGGAGAUCAACUUUCUGAGGAAAGUCCAUGAGGAGGAGCUGAGAGAGCAGCAGGAGCAGCUGGUGCAGCAGCAGGUCCACAUUGAGAUGGACAUGUCAAAACCGGACCUGACGGCGGCGCUGCGGGAGAUCCGCAUUCAGUACGAGUCCAUGGCCUCCAACAACAUGCACGAGACCGAGGAGUGGUACAAGUCCAAGUUUGCAGACCUGACAGACGCGGCAGCUCGGAACAUUGAAGCCCUGCGCCUGGCCAAACAAGAAGCCAAUGAGUACCGGCGCCAGCUCCAGGCACUCACCUGCGACCUGGAGUCCCUGCGGGGAAUGAAUGAAUCCCUGGAGAGGCAGCUGCGGGAGUUGGAGGACCGCUAUGCCAUUGAGACAGCCAGUUACCAGGACACAGUCAUCCGGCUGGAGGAGGACAUCCAGAACCUCAAGGAGGAGAUGGCUCGGCACCUCCAGGAAUACCAGGACCUGCUCAACGUCAAGCUGGCCUUGGACAUUGAGAUUGCCACCUACCGCAAGCUCCUGGAGGGAGAGGAAAGCAGGAUCACCAUCCCCGUGCAGACCUUCUCCAACCUGCAGAUCCGAGAGACCAGCCUGGAUACCAAGUCAGUGUCUGAGGCUCACCUGAAGAGGAACAUCGUGGUCAAACCUGUGGAGGGCAGAGAUGCAGAGGUGAUCAAGGAAUCCACCCAGGAGCACAAGGACUAAGGGAGUCGGCAGAGGAAAGCAUGUAGCUGUAGACCACUAGCAGCAUAGAUCCCGCCUGACACUCAGCCCCUCCGAUGUGGAACCAGGAGGGCCCAGCGGCUGCGAGGGACCCACACGGAGGGAACGUGUUUCGCUUGCCGGGGAGUGGAGUUAAUAAGACUAACUGAGGAGCUAGAGUAACCAGCGUCCCUUAGAGCUGCUUCAUACCGUUCCGGUGCAGGCCGCAGGCUAGCGCUUCGGCCAAGCCCCGUCUCUCCCUCCCGCUGCCCCUGUCCAUUCUCCCGUCUGCCUUGGUCCACUGCAGUCUGUGGGAGAGGCCUGCUGAACUGCUCCAGAGCCUGGCGGGGUUUGAGGCCCUGCUGAGGCUGCCAGAGCUCCCCUAGAGAUAGGGCUGUGCUAGGCCCACCCAGAAACCCCCUACCACCGGCUCCCUAGCAGGCUGCGCAGGGAGGGCAGGUGGGGAAGGCAAAGCAAUCGAAGGCCCAGCUCGCGCCCACAGAAAGGGCCAAAUCCAUGGCCCGGGAGCUGCAGAGUUUCCACUGCCUCCUGGAGCCAAGGGGCGGGAUUUGGCUGCACCCCACCACUCUGCCCCAGAUCUCAAAGCCCCUAGGAUGGCUGAGGCCCUGAUCCCGGCUCAGGCCCAGGCAUCCCCAGGAGAGGUAGGAGAGGCCCUGAGUGCGAGUCUGCCCAGGGUUAAUGCUGACAGUGCCCAUGGUCUGGCCCAGGGAGACCCCUGUGGAGUUGCAAGAGCGGGGGAUGCUGUGGAGAGCAGCUCUCCUUCAGCACUGGCCCCCACCACACACACAUCCCUCACUGGCCUCCUGGAGAUCAGGCUGAAAGGCUUCCAGGGAGGGAGACGGGCUUGGGCCCAAAGGAGCAGGGUUUCUGUUCCCU